CUGCCUCCCCUGCACUGGGAUUACAGCCAGGAGCAGCUCCCAGGACCGGAGAGCCAGAGCACUCCAGCUAUUUCAGCCACAUGAAAAGCACUGGAAUUGAGAUCCCAGCUCAGAGGACACCGGGAGUUCCUUCUACCCUCUAAAGAGCUUUGUGAUUUCUCACCUGGCUGCUUGGGACUGUUCUCAGGCCGUAAACAAAUCCAGAGAGCAGGGAUAAGAUCUCGUGAAUAUGUCGAAACAGCCAAUUUCCAAUGUUAGAGCCAUCCAGGCAAAUAUCAAUAUUCCAAUGGGAGCCUUUCGCCCAGGAGCUGGACAGCCUCCCAGAAGGAAAGAGAGUACUCCUCAAGCAGAGGAGGGGGCUCCUCCUGCUUCAGAGGAAGAGAAGAAGCCAAUUCCUGGAGCAAAGAAACUUCCAGGACCUGCUGUCAACCUACUGGAGAUCCAGAAUGUUAAAAGCGAACUGAAAUAUGUCCCCAAAACGGAACAUUAGUUCAAAGGGGGAAAAAAGGGUUGACAUGAAGAAUUAAAGGAGGAAAAAUGGGUUGAAAUAAACACACUUCUUUAAAAAAAUUUAUAUAUUUGUAUGAUGAUUAUGAACUUCCUGAACGCCCAAGACUCUAGCAAAAAUAUCCUCUUUGUGCAUUUCUAUUUCUUCUUUCUAGUUGGUUGCACUUCUCACUUCAGCUACAUUUUUGGCACCUUGCAGAGAAAAUCAGUCCAUGAAUUCAGCAUCCGGGGAGUGUGGUUUGGAGGAGAGAUGUGAUCAUAUGGAGGGUACGGCAAUGUGCCUGCAGUGGUUUGGACGUUAAGGUCUAAAUUACUUCCUGCAGUCUUUUGAUCAAUAUUUGAGAAGUCUUUUAG